ACCAACAGACAAACGUCGCAAAUCAACAUUUUUCAUACACAUUUAUUAUAUCAUGGCUGCGGUUCUCAAUUUUGGAAAAUUAUUCACACCACAAUAUAUACAAUUUCGUUAUGUUACAACCAAAAAAAAUAGAAUGAAAAUGAAUCGUGACAGGAAAAUUGGACCUACAAUUGAUUCUUCGGCCACUUCGUUGGCGGCUAAAGGAUUUUUACGUUCACAAAAAGAAUAUUCUCCGCCAGAAAAUAUUGAAGGUACAAUUGAUCAAAUUUAUAAAGAAACAGUAGGAGCCAACGCAGGAACAUUAAACAAUGACAAAAAAUAUAAAUUUUUAUCUGCAUGUGCGAAUAAAAUCGGACAUGGAGUGCCCAAUUCAUUAUUACAUACGAUUACACAAUUAGAUGACGCAAAAAAAUUCUAUCAAACUCCUGUUAACACUACCUUACCAUUAGACACAAUGCAAAAAUUGGAAUUACCUAAAAAUUUGCAUAUUGAACAAGAGUAUACACGAUUUAAUCCUGAAACAGAUACAAUGUUUAAUGGAAUUUCGGCCUUUCCACAAAGUUCAAAUCUUGUUACCGGGUUAAAAACACGAAAGAAGUAUACUGGUUUUACGACUAAAAAGCCAUGGCCGUCUUAAUUAUAGCACAUAUAUGAUUUUGAUUUAUAAAUUCAUAUUUUAAUAAAAUUCUUU